AUAGAAGGUUAAUUUGUUAUAGAUUUUUAUAUCUGAGUUUUGUUUAUUAUUAAAUAGUUGAGGGAGUUUUUCAUAAAAAUGGAUCCAUUGAUACAUGAUGGUUUUGUCAUUAAAAUCCCUUUCUAAAAAAGGAAAGAUUCAUUAACUAGAAGCCAACGACCCUCACUCAUCACUCCCUCAAGCCUCAAGCUAGCUCUGUGAAGAGAGAAACCCUAGGAUUUUCCCUUUUCCGACACUUGUAAAGAAUACAGUCUAUGAGCAAUGGUGAUAUCGUCCUCAACAAUCGAUGUUGUUCUCGGCGCCAUGGUGUGGUUCAUCUAUCCAUUCGCUUUCAUGAUUCUCACAGCAGAAUCUCACCCAAGGAGGUACCAAGAGAAGAUCCAGGAGCUUCUCUUCUACUGGUACAUCACUGAAACACUCUCAGGCCGUCGUCCUUGGAUGGAAAUCCAGCACUUGGUAAAUCCUAAGAAAACCUCAGCUUGGAGAAUGAAGAAAAGGGUAAAAAACGGCUCAACUUUGAAGAUCCAAAAUGAAUCCAAGGCAAGGGUUGCAGCAACGGAACUCUUCCAAAACGUAGCCAAGCCAGGAUCAAAGUUCAUUGAACUGGGGGACUUAACUCGCUUCCUUCCGGAAAAUGAUGCCUUGUCGUUUUUGCGCAUCUUUGGACCGACAGGAGAGGAUGGGACAACCCGAAUCAUCUUCCCAUCUCGGCUACCAUUCAUAGUAAAUGAGAGGACAGGAAUCAGCUGCUCAUCUAUGCAACAUUUUAUGGUAACUAAAAACUCAAAAAAAAAAAACGUUUUGAUAUUGAUGAACUUUCCUUACCAACUAUUUUAAGUUAUGGUUAUCUAUAUAUGCUCUAUAGGUGUAAUAGUGGCGAACCCAGAAUGUUUUUUUAACAUGGGUGAAAAAAUUUAAUGGGCUUUAAAUCACUAAUAAAAAAAUGGUAAAGAGAGUGUGAGGUGAGUGUUGAACCCGGAUUUAGGGGUGUCACCCUGAGAGAUUUUGCCAACAGAUCUACUGAAUAUAUACCGUUUCUCUUUAACAAAUUAGGAUUUUAUCAUUUAAGGUGUGUCAGCUGACCCACCAUUAAUACAUGUGGGUCCGCCUCUGGGUGUAUGCUUACAGGCUAGAGAUGUCUCUUGUCUUGUCAAUGGAAGACACAGACUCUAUAAUGAACAGUAUGAGGAUCACAGUCUUCAUAACUGCUGCGAUUGCAGACGUAGUAGCAUUUGUUCCCGUAUACCUAACGCUAGGCGUAUUCGGAUCAUUGUUUUACAUUUUCUUCGUUUUCCUGGCGUUACGUGCUAUAAAACAUUCUCAGCAGUGGAAUUUGAUUCUCGAAUCAACCAUGUUGUUUUUAUUUCGCCAUCCGUAUUCUGUUGGCGAAAAAUGUAUAAACGAUGGAGUCGAAAUGGUGGUGAAGAAAAUAAACUUCUUUUCUGUAACUUUCGUUGGACUCGAUAUGAAGGAAUAUCAAAUCAGUAGUGGUACUCUACGGUCCAAGUGGCGCAUUGACCUCUUUCGAGGUAGUUCUAGCUUGGAGAAGAUGCAACUGAUUCUGAGUGAAUCCCAAGAUGAAACGGUUGUUUAACUACAGCUUUUGUCUUGAAGACUUUGAAGAUUAGGACAUAAGGAUGAUUGUAGACUUCUUUAACAUGCCUUCUUAUUACUUACUUUGUUGUGAUGUAAAAAACAAAAAAAGAACUGUAUUGUUGUUAUAUAAUCAAAAGUUAUUUGUUUUAGCA